GGGGAUCCACAUGCAGCAGUUUUCUCUCUUUGGAGGCGAAAGAAAGUGUAAGGAUUGAGUGUGUGUGUGUGUGUGUUUGUGUUGCACAGGAGAGAGUUCAAAGUGUUGUGGUCUGUGAACUUUGAGUGUUUGUACACAUUCUAACUUUGUGUCCACGUGUGACUGCUUGCCAUGGAAAGCCUUGAAUUUGAAAAGAAAGUAAAAGCGUACUGUAUCCGCAAGACACACGCUGUUGUCAUCUGCGCAGUCGUCAUAGUGACAGGUGUUGCUGUGGGGCUCGGGGUGGGUUUGAGCCAGAAGUCCUCCUCAUCGGAAGAGGAAACCAAACCAACACCAUCACCCCCAACUCCACCACCAGCUGAUCGUGGUCCCUGCAAACCCUCUAACAGCACAAAAGGUGGCUGGAGCAAUUUCCGUUUGCCUGACUAUGUAGAACCAUUCCAUUAUGAGCUGCAUCUGGAGCCAGACCUCAACACAGACAUCUACACCGGGAGUGUGUCCAUCCAUCUGUACCUGAAGCAGUCCAGCUCACACCUGUGGCUCCACAUCCGAGAGACUUUUGUCACUGCAGUGCCCACUUUACAGCUCAAUGACUCGUCUGGCCUAACCUCUGUUGGGGUGAAGGAAUGCUUUGAGUACCAACCACAGGAGUAUGUGGUGGUGGAGGCAGCUGAGCCGCUACCUGGCGCAGGCGAACACUACAUCCUCACUCUUCACUUCCAGGGCUGGCUCAAUGGAUCUCUCGUUGGUUUCUACAGGACUACUUAUCAGGAGAAUGGAGUUACCAAGAAAAUCGCUGCAACAGACCAUGAACCCACAGACGCUCGUAAAUCUUUUCCUUGUUUUGAUGAGCCAAACAAAAAGGCCACCUACACAAUCUCCAUCACCCAUGACAGUGCAUAUGAAGCGCUUUCCAACAUGCCUAUUGAGAAUAUAGAUACAACAAUAUCAGACCAAAGUACAAAAACCUCUUUUGCAACAUCAGUAAAGAUGAGCACCUAUUUAGUAUGUUUUGCAGUGCACCAGUUCAAAUAUGUGGAGCGUAAAUCAAUAAGAGGAAUCCCACUACGGAUCUAUGCUCAGCCUUUGCAGAUCGCAACUGCUGAAUAUGCUGUAAAUGUCACCAAGAUCAUAUUUGAUUACUUUGAGGUGUACUUUGACGUGCCAUAUUCCAUAAAGAAACUUGAUAAGAUAGCAAUCCCAGACUUUGGAACAGGUGCGAUGGAGAACUGGGGGUUGAUUACUUACAGAGAAACCAAUCUUCUGUUUGAUGAGAACGAGUCUUCAUCUUACAACAAACAGCGUGUGGCCACUGUCAUAGCACAUGAGCUUGUUCACCAGUGGUUUGGAAAUAUUGUGACCAUGGACUGGUGGGAUGACCUGUGGCUCAAUGAGGGCUUUGCUAGUUUCUUUGAGUAUGUGGGAGUGGAAGAGGCAGAGCCUGACUGGGGAAUGCGUGACAUCAUGCUUAUCGAUGAUGUAUUUCCUGUCAUGGUUGAUGAUGCACUUCUCUCCUCCCAUCCUAUUAUUGUGGAUGUGUCCACCCCUGCUGAGAUUACAUCUGUGUUUGAUGCCAUCUCAUACAGCAAGGGAGCAUCUAUUUUAAGAAUGCUGGAGGACUUGUUGGGCCGUAACACGUUUAGGGAUGGAUGUCGAAGAUAUUUGAAAUCCUUCCCCUUCCAGAAUGCAAAGACAGCAGACUUCUGGAAAGCCUUGGCUGAUGAGAGUGGCUUACCAGUGGCAGAAAUUAUGGACACGUGGACCAAACAAAUGGGUUAUCCGAUACUAAGUCUGUCCACUACAGGCGCUGAUGCUAAACUCUUCCAGACCAGGUUUCUACUGGACCCCAAGGCAGACCCCAGUCAGCCCACAACUCCCCUGGGCUACAAAUGGACAAUUCCUGUGAAAUGGAGCUCACUGAACUAUAAAAAUGAUUCCAUCUUAUUUGAUAAAGGACAAACAGAGAUGGUCAUUACUGGCUAUUCCCCUGCCACCGAUGGGCUCAUCAAAAUUAACAAAGACCACAUGGGCUUUUACAGAGUAAAUCACCAUGAAAGUAUGUGGAACGCUAUCAGCGAGCAGCUUCUCACCGAUUAUCUGGUGUAUGAUGCGACUGACCGAAGCAGUUACAUUGAUGAUGUUUUUGCAUUUGGACAGGCAGAUAUUGUUGAUUAUGGAAAUGCCUUCAAUUUGACAAGAUAUCUGGUCAAUGAAACUGAUUAUAUUGUUUGGAAUCGGGUAUCCACUUCUAUCUCCUAUGUGAGAGAAAUGCUGGCUGAUGAUCCAGUGCUGUACCCCAAAUUCCAGACACUUUUCCAGAGCCAUGUGCAGAAGAUUUAUAGACAGCUUGGGUGGGUUGACGUGGGAAACCAAACAGAACGGCUGCUGAGAGAGACUGUUUUGGGCAUUGCAUGUCAGAUGGGUGAUGAGGAGGCUCUCGGCCAAACCUCUGACAUUUUCAAUAAAUGGAUUGAUGAAACAAUAAGCAGUGUAGCUGUCAACUUGCGGUUGCUGGUGUACCGUUAUGGAAUGAAGAACUCGGGAUCACCACGCAGCUGGGAAAUUAUGUUCCAGAGGUAUAUCUAUGCUACUCUUGCGCAGGAGAAAGACAAGCUUCUCUAUGGUCUGGCAUCUGUAGAGGACAUCACUCUCCUUUAUAGGUUGCUUGAGGCUGCUAAAAAUGAGAGCAUUGUUAGGAGUCAAGAUGUUUUCACUCUAGUGCAAUAUGUGUCCCGAAACAAAUAUGGCAAAACCAUGGCCUGGGACUGGGUCACUCUCAACUGGGAUUAUCUAGUGAAUAGGUACUCUAUCAAUGACAGAAAUUUGGGCCGUCUGCUUUCCAGAAUUACUAGAACAUACAACACAAAGCUGCAGCUGUGGAAGAUGGAGCACUUUUUUGCCCUGAACCCGAAUGCAGGAGCAGGUGAGAUGGCCAGGAAACAGGCUCUGGAGACAGUGAGGAACAAUAUUGAGUGGAUGGCACAGAACCAGGAUGAGAUCCGGCUCUGGCUGGAGAACUACGUGUCCUAGUGCUGUCAGAGAAAUGUAUAGCAUCACAACAAUUCAUCACACAGAUUUGUUUAAGAAAGUUGUAAAUCAACUAAUUGCUCAGGGCAGCUUGAAAGCAAUUCCUUAGCUAAAGAGCCUUCAAUGUUAAUGAUAAAGUAGUCUUGGAUUCUGUUGCAUUACAGUUAAAGGAAUAGAUAGUAUCUUAGGCAUUACAGUUCUUUUGGCACUGUACAUUGUUUAAUGUUGCAGUAUAUUGUAUUUGUAUGUGUUGCAAUAUAGCCUAUUCAUAUUCUCUGAAACGUAUAAAUUCUUAGCUCUGAGGUUUGUAAAACAAAAUGUUCUUAAAAUUGUUCUUCUGAGAUUAAAAGACUCAUUAUUUGUAGAAAUCUUGUAGAUAAAUCA